AUGCCACUGCCGCCAACUCCGACCACCACCGCCGCCGCCGCCCACCGACGAAACCACCACUGGCAACACUGCCACUGCGACCAUCGCCGCCACCACCGCUCGACCCGCCACCUCCGCUACCGCCAACCGCCGCCACCCACCUCCGCCACCACCGUCGCUGCCACUUUCGAUCACCGCCACCACCCACGUCUACCACCACCCACGUCUACCACCACCACCACCCACCAUCGCCGCUACCACCUCCGAUCACCUCCGCCACCCACCUCCACCACCACUGCCGGCAACACCCAUCGUCGGCACCGCUACCACCUCCCCACCACCAUCGCCACCGCCACCGCCACUGCCGCCACCCACCUCGUCGUCACCCACCACCACCCGCCGUCAUCACCACCUUCCACCGCCGCCACUAGGGGUGUGCAUGUUGUUUAUGAGUGGAGUAGAGAAAAAAAGUAA